AUGACGACGACUCGGCAAGAAGUGGUGUGUUUCGAUGGAUCCGGCGAUUUCUGGAUGUGGACCACUCGGAUGAUGGCGCACUUCGGAGUAGCGGGUUUGAAGGAUGUAAUCCACAGCGACGACUUUGAGAUCGAGGUUCCGCUAUCCCCGGCGGUUCCGGCUCAAAUGAUUCCCGGAGCUGAUGGGAAUGAUGCUCAGGUAGUUCCGGCACAACCAGCCACGACCCAGAGGAUUUUGGAUCCGGUGAAGCUGGAGAAGGACGAAAGAGCAAAGGAUAUGAUCGUCGUGAAUAUCGGAGAUUUUGUUCUGAGGAAGAUCAAGCAUUGCACUACGGCUGCAUCGAUGUGGGCACUGCUUGAUAGGCUUUACAUGUCAAGAUCGUUGCCGAAUAGGAUCUUUGUGCAAUCGCAAUUUUACACAUUCAAGUGUAAUUCAGCGAAGACGAUCGACAUCAACGUUGACGAAUUUCUCAAGAUUGUGGCAAAGAUGAAUAGUUUGAAUGUAAACGUCUCAAAUGAGAUUAAAGCUAUUUUCUUCUUAAAUUCUCUCCCAGCUGCGUAG